AGCAACACCGGUCUACUGCAGAGGCCCAGGAGACAAAAAGGUAGACCUGACUGUGUGUGGCCUAAGAGAGACAUGGUCCAUAAGUCAGUGGUGGUUGGUCUGCUGGUGCUGCUGGCGGCAGCCGUGGGCACGUUCGUGGGGGUGUUCUUCAGUAAGGACACCAGGAGCCCCUCUACUGACCAGGCCUUCUCCAGAGCGGCCGUGGCUGCCGACGCUGGCCCGUGUUCAGAGAUAGGCAGGGACAUGCUCCAGAGAGGGGGCUCAGCGGUGGACGCGUCCAUAGCUGCCAUGCUGUGUGUGGGGCUGAUGAACUCUCACAGCGCUGGCAUAGGAGGAGGCCACUUCAUUACCAUCUACAACGCAACUACUGGGAAGGUGGAGACCAUAGACGCCAGAGAGACGGCCCCUCACAACGCCUCAGAAAACAUGUUUGGUAACAGCACCGACCUUUCCCGGAAAGGGGGGUUGUCCAUCGCUGUGCCAGGGGAGAUACGUGGGUACGAACUGGCACACCGGCGCUAUGGUAAAAUGCCAUGGAAGGAUCUUUUCCUGCCCAGCAUCAAGCUGGCACGAGAGGGGUUUCCGUUAGGCAGGGCCUUGGCAUCGGCCCUCAACAGCAACAGAAACACCAUCGCCAGGGACCCGGCUCUGUGUGAGGUCUUUUGUGGCCCCGACAAAAAAGUAUUGAAAGAGAAUCAGACCAUCAGGUACAUCAAGCUGGCUGACACCUAUGAGAGGAUUGCAGAGGGAGGUGCGGAUGUGUUCUACCUGGGAGAGAUGGCUCAGAACCUCACCAGAGACAUCCAGGCAGCAGGUGGGAUCAUCACUCUGGAGGAUCUGAGAGAUUACAAGCCCCUUCUGGAGGAGAACCCCCUUAGGGUGGAGGUGGGGGAGUACACCAUGCUUAUGCCCAACGCUCCUGCCAGUGGCCCAGUCCUUGCCCUCAUCUUGAAUAUCCUGAAAGGGUACAAAUUCAGCCCUGACAGUGUGUCAAGUGAUGAGAAAAAGGUCCUGACUUACCAUCGCAUUGUCGAGGCUUUCCGCUUUGCCUACGCAAAGCGAAGCACUCUGGGUGAUCCAGGUUUCCUCAACAUCACGGAUUUCAUCCAAAAUAUUACCUCAGAUUACUUUGCCAACAACAUCCGUCAGAAGAUCACAGAUGACACAACGCAUCCGGAAAGUUACUACGAGCCGGAGUACUUCGUCCCCGAUGACCACGGCACGUCUCACGCCUCCGUGGUGGCGGAGGACGGCAGCGCCGUGGCGAUCACCAGCACCAUCAACCACUUCCUGGGGUCAAAGUUCAUGUCCGCCUCCACUGGGAUCCUCCUCAACAACGAGAUGGAUGACUUCAGCUCGCCACUCAUCCCCAACGGCUAUGGGGUGCCGCCAUCGCCAAACAACUUCAUCAGACCAGGUAAAAGACCCCUUUCUUCCAUGUGUCCAACCAUCCUGAUUGACAAAAGCAACAAGGUGAAGAUGGUGGUGGGGGGCUCCGGAGGAACCAAGAUUACAACCUCCAUCGCCCAGGUGAUUCUGAACGCCUUGUUCUUUAAGUACGAUCUGAAAACAGCCGUGGAAGCUUCCAGAGUCCACAACCAGCUGAACCCCAACACCACUGUGGCUGAGCCAGAUUUUGACCAGAGGAUCCUGGACGGCCUGGCGGCAAAGAACCACGCGGUGGAACGACUCAAAUCCACCGCGGCGGUGGUGCAGGCGGUGGUGCGUCAUGGCAACCAACUGUACGCCCAAUCAGACCCCAGGAAAUGGGGAUACGCUGCUGGAUACUGAGACAAACCUCGUUGUAUCGAAUAAGGGAUGUUGAAAAUCAAUCGAAAAAGUUCAACUUCAGUGUCACAAGACGUUAGAGAUGGCAAAACACUGAGAAACACAGCCAAGAUUUAAAGCAAAGCACUGUACGGGAAACGUUUAUUUCCAAAUCAAGAGUAAGUGUUUUUUUCGGCCAUUGUCAAAUUUUUCAUAAAGUGUUUAUUUAUUAAUGACCAUUGGUUAUUAUAAAGACCAAGAGUCUUAUAACUUUUGAGAAGAAAAAAAAUAUCUACAAAAUGUAUCGACUCAGUGUGUGUAUUAUGUACUGGUGCAUUAGCCAAUAACGUGGGUGGUAAUGAAAAGCCCAUGUGAGAAAAAUAUAAAAUGGGGGAAAUUCUCCGGGGCACAUGCCUGCUAUAAACGUAUUGCAUGUACUGUAAAAC